AUGGCGGGAGAGCGAUGGCAAAGUCUCCUUGUGGCUUACGAUGCCUUGAGAACAGCACUGGCAGAGAGUCCAAGAGCCCCACUUACCACGGCCUCUGUGGUCCUUGUCAAUGAGCUGCACAGUGAAGCUCAGGUGAUUCAGCAUCGCGCGAAAGCCGGACACCUGGCAGACUUGCCGCCUACGUGUCCCGAAAGCAAACGCCAUGAAGCAGCCCUCGACAAAGCCUUCCAGCUCUGCCUUGAAGAUUUGCAGAAUUCUCCACGAGACGAGCACAAUUUCAUUGUCCUUGUGCUGGGCAGCGCGGUCCUGCAGCCGUAUGUGGACAUGGAGGAGCUGCUGGAAAGCAGCAUCAGCCAGGUUCUGGUCAUGGCAGUGACGGGGUCGGAGGUGGAAGGCAAGAGCAUGUUUUCGGACUUCCAGCAGCAGUUCUUGGAGUCGAUGACUCCUUGCAGCAUCGUGUCUGUCGAGGAGCAAUACCUCGACCAGGCAGCUUUCACGACGGCUGUCGCCGAUGUGGAGGUUCUACGGCAGAUCGGCGGAAGAGGCGGCAGGCGAAAGAUCCAGGUUUGCCGCAUGAACGGGGACAUCGCAGAGAUUGAUCUGCGAGAUGACUCGGUGAGGGAUCUCGUGAAGCAUCUGAAGUUGCAAGACGCAUCGCUCGAGAACCAAGAUGUGAAGCUUCUACUUUCCCACCGAGAAUUGUCCGAGAACUACAAGCUCCAGAACGUGCCGCUUUCAGAAAGGCUCACCAUGGUGAUAAAUGCACCGUCGAGACCAGCCGCUUCGGAGGCACUGAGAGCUGAAGUUUCUGUCCUGCUGAGGCACCGUAGCGGACAUGCGCACGGAGUGCUGCGUGCUUUUGACGGGGCCGAUGAGGAAGAAGUUGACCUGAGUAGGCUGACGCUGGCUCCAGAUGUGCGGGAUGCCGUCUCAGAGCACAUGCCGAAGCUGCGGCAGCUCUACAAGGCCUUGCCAGCCCGUUUGAGAGAGCCCGAGGAUGAAACUGAGGCGCCCAUGACACUGACGAAUUUCCUCAGCAUCGUCGAGCCCAGUCACUUCCAAGGCUUCCUCAGAGAACUGGACACGAUGAAGAUCCAAGCUUCGGUUCUCGGAGAUCUCGACAGCACGAUGCUCAACGACCUGAUCCAGAGCCCUGCCCAGUUCUUGCAGAAUCGCGAGGAGGAGCGCGCGAGACGCGAGCUUGGUAGAUGGCAGCAGUCCGGGCAUGCGCCGCUGCCCGUCGUCCGCCUCUACUUCGUGGGCCAGGGCCGGGCCGGGAAGACAACCACCUUGAGGCGGCUGAAGGGUGAGCAGCCACGUGCAGACGAGAUUUCGACCUUUGGUGUGGACAUCUGGGCUGGAGAGGCCGACAAGGAUCUGAGCUGCACGUGGAGGGAGAGCAAUACAUCACUCUAUGACGACACAGCCGUCCAGUGCAUGCGCAAGGAUAGGAGGGUGAAGACAGAGCCGGCAAGGGCGAAGAAAAGCCUUGGGCAAAAUUCCACGCUUGUUAGGUCCGUUUCCGCCAGGAGCUGGAGGCUCCGGACAAUCUCAGAAUAUUCUGACAAGCACGGCGAGAUGCCACCGGCACCAGCCAAACCUAGCAUUCCAGGAGCCUUGCCCACUUCCGACGAUGAGCUCGAUCAGAAAGACAAUGGUGCAAGCGGAGAUGGUCAAAACAUGACGGCGGCGAAGAAGAACGUUGGCUUCGAAGAAAGCCCAGCCCAGGAGCAGACGCCGACGACUGAAUUCCGUGAGGAAGCACCUUCAUCAUUCUGUGGAUCUGUCUAUGAAGAGGAGCCUGAGCCUGAACUGCCGAAAGACAAGGGUGAGCCCUUAGUAGCACGUCCCAUCGGGGACUUGGUUGUGAAGGUGGUUGCAGAUGCUGCCAAAAACUCUUCAGAAGAGGACUCUGCACUCCAGCCGCGCCUGCAGUGCUGGGACUUGCCUGGACAAGAAGAGUAUGCUCUCUGCAAUCUGCUCUACUUCCAGAAGCGUGGGAUCUAUGUCGUCUUCUGUGAUACCAGCCUGGACAAGGAGGAAGCCUGGCAUCAUUUGAAGUUUUGGUUGUGGGCUGUGGCCCGUUAUGCGGCUGACGUGAAAAUAGGGUCGCACGGGGCUCCUCCUGUCCUGGUAGUUGGGACGAAGUGGUCCCAGAGUCACGAGACGUUUAAUGCGGAGGAGAUCAACCGCCGCAUUGAUGGCUUGCUGCUGCAGUUGCCUCGUUUGCGACAGCAGCUUCAACGCGUGAAUACUCGGUCCGGAUGGCUGCAUCGAGUCGAAAACUUUGACAGCGAUUCAGAAAAAUACAUACAGCCUCUGCGAAACCGUUUGCAACAACUGGCCCGGGAUAUUCUUACACCUCGUCGAGAAUGGUUGCAGGCUCAUCAACAAGAGGCUGAUGCACCACAACAUGUUGAGAUGCAGGCAGAGAGGUAUCCGGUAUCUUGGUUGCGUGCGCACGAGUUUCUGACUGCACUAGCUGCACCAUUCAAGCUCACCGUGAACAGAGCGACACUUGACGAAGUUCUUCCAACUCAUCCAUUACCUGGGACGGCAGUGUUGGCCAAGAACCUCAAAGGCAAGCAUGCAACCCUUCUUCAAGACUUUGUAGUUCCUGCCUCUUCGCAUGUUUGUCUCAAGAACGCCGGUUGUGAUAAUGAUAAUGAUGUGACAGAUAGCUUUUCAAUUGAAGUGCACUGCAUAUCUCUGCGGCUGGAUCAGCUCGAAGUACUGCUUAUGAGCAUGCAGCCAUCCGGCGUUGCAGCAGAGGAUAUCCCCCGGCUGCUGAAUCUGUUGCACGCGCUUGGGGUUCUCUUUUGGUACAACAAGCCUGGCCUUCGCGAUCACGUGCUUCUGAAUGUUCGGAAAGUUGCCUUCGCUCUGGCCUCCCUCAUGAGUUUGAGGUACUGGGACGAAAGUGCAUUCGAGCACUCGGAGGAACACAAAGAAAGCAUCGACGUCGUGAGACGGCGCAUGCCCAAAGACGUGUAUCGCUUCAAAACAAGUGGAGUGGUAACAUGGAAGCUCCUUCAGUGUUUGUGGGAGGAAAACAGUCCGGAAGAAAGGACGAUCAUGGCAGAGGUCAUGCUUUCGAAAGGUAUAAUCCAAAGACGACGCAUGCAGGAUGAGUUCACCGUACCGUGCUGCUUGCCCUUGGCCCACCUUCCGGAUCCACAUCCGGCUGAAUGUACAGUUGGUUAUAUUGACGUGGAUGGCUUCGUUUCGCCAAACCUCUUCCCCGAAAUCGCUCACCGCCUGUGCGAGCUAAAGCUCCAGGCUGGAGCAGGGGCAGACCACAGCAGAUUGCGGCCAGGGGCACCUCAGAUCUUUCGAAACCGCUUGGAGUUCCGAUCGGAUGGCAGCACACUGGUCAGUGUGUCGCUCUUUCCGGCGAGUGGAAGCCAAUUCCGGAUGCUCCGAGUUGCUGUCACCGGGGCGACUGAGGACUUAGCGCAAGAGGAGCUCAACAAGACCGCGAGCGAGCUUUCAAGCAUCAUGGGCUUUGCCACGGACGCGGCUCAACUUAAACCGAUGACAGCUGAGGAAUUGAAGCAGCACAAGUGCCUGCGACAUGUUGACUGGGCUGGCAUCCAGGAUGCAGAAAGGUUUAUCCGAUGCACGCCAUGUCUCAAACAAGGUUGCAAGACCCAAUGCAAGUUCUGCAGACUGUCAGCGUUGGUCGAGGAGCGUUUCAUCGCUGAUCUCAGCGAGGACUUGAGACAAGUCGUCGACCGGUGUUCCUUGCAAAGCCUCUGCCGUCCAGACGGCAGUUUCCGCUUUGGUCAAAUGGUCUUCCCAGGUGAUGUCGAUCUGGAGGAGUACUUGAUAGUGGACAUCGGGCAGGGAGGCAAGGCAGCAGCAACUGCUCCAGAAGCAGAAGAUAGAAACGAAGCAGCGCGCGAACUGCAAAGCUUGCUGCAGAAGCUCUGCCAGAAGUUCGACAGGGCCGGGAAGAGCAUUGACCAGCCCACUGUAUACUGGGGUGGGCUGAAGGCAGGUGGCUUGGUUUGGUCGGUGCCAGAUGUGCUCAAUGGGAGCAAGCACGAUGACAAGGGAGCAGUGGUAAGACUGCAAGAUGUGUUGACACAUGGAAGCCGCUCGCGCGCGGCCAAAAUGGAUUUCUAUGCCAAGACGGACCUUUUCAAGACGGAGAACACUUCGCCACAGGCUCGGUUCUUCGAGGUGACCAAUGUUAUUCGAUUUGGCUACAGCUCCGGAACUGGUUUGAUCCACCCGGUAACACCGGAGAAGGACUUCCUUGGAGCCGUGGAGAUGUGUAUGCACGAAUACUCCGGUCCGCAUCCUAAAGCCAUGAAGCUGGCAACUCAAAUGCAACCAGACUACACGUCUUAG